UUCCUCCUGCUCUCUCUCUCUGUCUCUCAAUAUAGUAUCUCCGGCUAGCAGUGUGGGUUAUACCAGCCACUGAACACAAGCUGCUGACUGAUCUCUUUUUUUGGCUCGAAUGCAAAAAUUAAGCCCCGGCAGCCCAGGCAUGUUGGAGGUCUAAUCCGCUACAAUGGCUAUAGACUGGCUGGAAUGAAGCUUUGUUGAUAAGCGUAAAACUACACUGCUAAACAGGGCUAUCUGCGUCCACCGGCACACUGCAGGCAUACCUUUCAGAACCCCAGAUAUCAUGUCUGUUGGCUCUCAGGUUUUACCUCCCGGAGGGCCUAAUGGCAUUCUUAGAAGUCAGUCAUUUGCAGGCUUCAGUGGCAUUCCAGAAAGAAGAUCUAGAUGUAAUUCCUUCCUGGGGAACGCGUCAGCUCCCAAAAAGCCACAAACCAAGCAAAAGAAAAUGCAUAACCUUGGUCACAAAACCAGUAGUUCUUCCAAAGAGCCUCAGCCAGAAAGAGUAGAGGAAGUGUAUGGAGCCUUGAAGGCUGGGCUUGAUGAAUAUCUGGAAGUUCACCAGACAGAACUGGACAAGCUGACUGCCCAGUUAAAAGACAUGAAGAGAAAUUCAAGACUGGGCGUACAAUACGACCUUGAUAAGCAAAUCAAGACAAUUGAAAGGUAUAUCAGAAGACUGGAGUUUCAUAUCAGUAAGGUGGACGAAUUGUAUGAGGCCUACUGCAUCCAGAGGCGACUGCGUGAGGGAGCCAUUAAAAUGAAACAAGCCUUUGCUGCAUCUCCUUCUAGCAAAGCAGCACGGGAAAGUUUAAGUGAAAUAAGCAAAAGCUAUAAGGAGUAUACUGAGAACAUGUGUGCAGUUGAGGCCGAGAUGGAAAAUCUCUUAGGAGAAUUCUACAUUAAAAUGAAAGGCUUAGCUGGUUUUGCCCGACUCUGUCCAGGAGACCAGUAUGAGAUUUUCAUGAGAUAUGGACGCCAGCGUUGGAAAUUAAGAGGCAGGAUAGAAGUUAAUGGCAAGCAGACUUGGGACGGAGAGGAGAUGUUCUUUCUUCCUCUAAUUAACAGUUUCAUUUCAAUUAAGGUGACAGAGCUCAAAGGAAUUGCUACCCACAUGCUUGUUGGGAGCGUGACGUGUGAAACAAAAGAUUUAUUUGCUGCCAGACCUCAGUCUGUUGCUGUUGACAUUAAUGACCUUGGCACUAUCAAACUUAACCUUGAAGUAACCUGGUGCCCAUUCGAUACAGAGGACCUGACGCCGUCUACUGGCAAUGUUAAUAAAGCCGCAGCGAUCCAAAGAAGAGUCUCCAUAUACAGCCAGGGUACUCCAGAGACCCCCACCUUUAAGGAGCAUUCCUUUUUUAAAUGGCUGAACCCGCCACAAGAGAGGCUGCGAUUGUCCAUUGUGGAUGCGCUACAGGAGACUUUCUUUGACAAGCUCCGGCGCAGUCGCUCUUUUAGUGACCUACCAUCUCUCAGGCUGAGGCCUAGAUCAGGCCGAGAGAGAUACUCCAAUUUGCAAGAUGAUGUUUUUGAUGUUGCUGUUGACUCCAUCGAGAAGAGGACUCUUUCUUUAAGUUUUGACGACUUGCCUAAUGGUGAAUGCACUCCUCCCAGAUCAGCUGCAUCAUCCUCGCUGGGCUACUCCAAUCCUGAAAUCACUGUCACUCCACCAGAGCCUAAUCUUAGUGACCUCUCAUCAGACGAACCAGGGGACUCAACUUCCCAAUCUCAAGACAAGCGGUUCCACACAGAACAUGUCAGUGAAAGUGAAGAAAACCUAGCAGGAGACGAGGCAGACUUCUCUACUUGCCAAAGCCCCACGCCUCAUGCGGACGAUGAUGUGUUCGUGGGUUCAAAUGUCUCGGUGUCAAUCCUACAAGACUCAGAUGAGGCUUCUGAGCUGAAGCCCGUGGAGUUGGACACCUGCGAAGGAAAUAUCACCAAGCAGCUUGUAAAAAGGCUUACAUCCUCUGAAAUUCCUGCUAUUGCAGAAAGGCUGCGGUCUGACUGCCCUAUGGCCAAUGAAUCUGAAACAAAUAGGACCUAUUUAGAUGGAAGCUUAGAGGAGUCUUUGCAAGGCCUUCUACUGACUCUGGAGCCUUGCAAAGACCAAUACACCGAAUACCAUGAACUGUAUCAAGAAAUAACACAUCUAGAGGAUGUUCUCAAAUGCAAACCAGCUGUAAACCGAAGCAGGUCUUCCAGUAUAAGUCUUACUGUUGAGAGUGCUUUGGAAAGCUUUGAUUUCCUGAACACCUCCGACUUUGAUGAUGAUAUCGAUGACAGCAUGAUUUGUAAUGGUGGAGUACCAGAUUCAGUCUUUUCGGACGCAGAAAUGGAGAAGCCAAGUUGCAGAGCUGAACAUCCCGAGGCCAGAGGACACCUGAGUGAAGCAUUAACAGAGGACACAGGGGUCGGGACUAGUGUUGCCAGUAGCCCCCUGCCACUGACUACUGGAAAUGAAAGCCUUGAUAUCACACUGGUCAGACAUUUACAGUACUGCUUUGAUCUCAUUCAGCAAAUCAUUCUAUCAAGUCAAGUGCUGUUUGUUCUGAAAGACUUAUUGAAGAAACUGAGUAAGCAAACUCAAGUAUUGGCGCAGUUGUCUGAAAUCAGCAGAGAAAACAUGGGCAACAUGAAUUCUCUGGUGGAAGUAAUCCCUGGGUUAAGUACUAUGCCAUCACUACUGUCCCUUUGGACAAACUGCUCCACUUCUCUACAUGCGUACCAUACCUCUGCAGAAACCAUGAUCAAGCAGUUGGAUGCUAAUUUCGGCGAAGCCAUACAUGCAGAGCACCCAGGUCAUACAGAAACAGUCUUUAGGAUGCUGGUAGCGCAAAUCCUGGACAAGGGAGAACAUGCGCUAUCCACUAACUUGUCAUUGGAAGUCAUUACAGUUUUCCAGUACCAUGAUUUUUUCACAAGCCAUAAUAUCACCGAUCUUAAAAGCUAUUUGAUCCAACUUGCUAAGGAAGCUUCAGAUGUCCAGAUGCUGCAAACCUCAGCUGACCCAUUCUUGUUGCAUAAAAUUACCGAUUUAGCUGCCUCUAGUUUGCCUCCUCGACAGGAAAUCUUUGCAGCCUUGACGUCGCUCCUAAAAGAGAACGGGAGUGAUGUUUGCCAGGCGUUGUCUGUACUCUCUGAUGCUGCAUCAAAGUCAAAUCAGUUCAGAGAAAAGGCUCUUUUAUACUACUGCGAGGCCCUAACCCAACCAGAAAUUCCUUUGCAGAAAGCUGCGUGUAUGGCUCUCCAAUGCCUUCAGGCUACAGAAAGCAUUAAAAUCCUAGUCACGCUCUGUCAGUCUGACGAUGAAGGAAUUAGGAAAAUCGCAUCUGAAACAUUACUGUCUCUAGGAGAAGAUGGGCGACUUGCUUAUGAAAAACUUGAUAAAGUCCCCCAGCAAAAUCCCAACACAGGAGAGCACCGUGAAGCUGCUGUUGCUACAGCUUUUUAGCCUUCAGUAACCUCUUGAUGACCAGUAUUAAGAACCAUUACUGCCUUUAGAAGAUGGUGAUGUAUUCCAAUGGAUGCUAAGAAAGCCAUCUUUUGAUCACUUCUCCCACUGCGAUGGAUAUUCUCCAGUGUGACUUUGUACCCAAACCCUGAGCGUCGUUCUUGAGCUUUCCUCUUGUUUCUGCUCAAGGCCCACCUUUGUGACACUGAUAUUGACCACAGCACUUUUUUUGGGGCCAAACUAAGAGCGUGCCCUCUGUUUGAUCCCCUGCUUGACCGGCAACACUUACAUUUUCAUAUUUUAAC